GCCCCCAGCGGCGCGGCGCAGGCGCAGCGGGACGCGGCGGAGGCAGGAGGAGGGGGUGGAGGACGUGCCGCCAUGGCGGAGGGCGAGGCAUUGGUGUCUGUGGACUACGAGGUGUUCGGCAAGGUGCAGGGCGUGUUCUUUCGCAAGUACACACAGGGGGAGGCUAAGAGACUAGGACUCGUUGGCUGGGUCCAAAAUACCAGCCAUGGCACUGUGCAAGGGCAAAUCCAGGGCCCAACUGCCAGGGUGCGGGAGCUGCAGGAAUGGCUCAAGAAGAUAGGAAGUCCCCAGUCCCGCAUCAGCCGAGCGGAGUUCAGCAAUGAGAAGAAGAUUGAGGCUCUAGAGCACAAGGAUUUCCAGAUUUUGAAGUGACUUUGUCCAGAAAGAAGCAAAAUCUGGAGCGGGAGCUACCCUCACGGAACAUUUCCUCUCUUCCCCGCUCGUUCAGUCAGCCAGUAUUCAGCUCUAGAGAGUUUUAUUUUACUACAUUUCUAAUUUAUUGUUUUGCUGCACUGUAAGUCUGACGCUCAGCCUGUCACAGAAUUCUAGCGGGUAGAGGAAGAGCUGUGCUGUCUUUGUUAAAGGGGCUGUUCAGGGGCAGAGCCUCUGUUUCUAAGUGCACACAGUGUGUGGGGUCAUUCGUGAGUGGAAUCUGUAUGUGUAGAGUGUGGCGCUGACGUGAAGAAAGUCACAGGAUCAAUGUUGACACAGAAAAUUGCUAAAAACAUCAUGUCUGUGCACUAAAUGCCUGAGAAACAACUUACUUUGUUCACGUUUUCUGUAGAAUAAAGUUGCUUGCAGCUCA